UCCCGCUGCUCCCUCCCCGCCUUAUCGCUUCCGAGCUCUCAUGGCCGCACGCCCCGCCGCGUGCUAGAGCAAGCCCCCGCCGACGCCGACGCCGACGCCGCCGCCGCCGCCCCCCCCCCACCCCACCGCGCGCUGACAGGGUGAGACAGCCCGCGUCGCGCCGCGCCGUGCACGCGACGGCCCCUGAUGAGGCAGCCGCACCUCCUCUCGCCGCAGCAGCUCUCCCCUUCCCCGGUCCUCUCCUCCCACUUCUCUCCGCCGGCGCCCGGGGGCUCGCCGGCGUGGCGGCGGAGCCACCGGAGGACGUUCCACCCGCCGCUCUCGUCGCUGCGGGACCCCGACAAGGCCACGCUCCGCAAGGCUUCGCCCAACGUCCCCUUCCGGCUCGGCGGCGGCGGUGGCGGCGGAAGCAGCAAGGACCGGCGCCCCGCCGCUGACCAGGAGGAGGAGGAGGAGGAGGAUGCGGAGGGUGAGGAAGGCGAUGGAGGUGCGGCUAUCACCGGGACGCUCCUCGCCGGGGCUCUGCUGGUUGGGUUCGUAGGGGGGUUCGGGGCAGCGGGAUACGUGUACAAGGACCAGAUCAACACCUUCCUCACGCAGUUCUCCGGUUUCAUUGAUGGUUAUGGCCCUGCUGGAUAUGCCUUAUUUGUACUGGUGUAUGCAGGAUUGGAGGUUCUUGCAAUUCCAGCGAUACCAUUAACAAUGUCAGCAGGUCUAUUGUUUGGUAGUAUUACUGGUACAAUUAUUGUCUCAAUCAGCGGGACACUAGCUGCAGCAGUGGCCUUUCUUAUUGCUAGAUACUUUGCCAGAGAGCGAAUUCUCAAAUUGGUUGAAGGAAACAAGAAGUUUCUGGCAAUUGAUAAAGCAAUAGGUGAAAAUGGAUUUAAGGUUGUUACUCUGCUUCGACUUAGUCCCCUAUUACCUUUCUCCCUUGGGAACUACUUGUAUGGCUUGACAUCAGUGAAAUUCUUGCCUUAUGUCUUGGGAAGUUGGUUGGGAAUGCUUCCAGGAACAUGGGCUUAUGUCAGUGCUGGUGCAUUUGGGCGAGCUAUAAUUCAAGAUGAGUCAGAAAUCGGUUUGGGAGGAAACAGCCAGCUACUGACACUGGGCAUAGGGCUAUUAUUUACAGCCAUUGCUGCUACAUAUGUAACACGACUUGCAAAGGAUGCUGUAAAGGAGAUGGAUGAAUAGAAUGGUAGGAUUUUCUAGUAAAAGACUAAAGGCGGCCUUUCUGAUAGCAUACUAGCCCAUUGUACAUCAUCAUUGUCAUCCUUGAUGCAAUCUGAUCUACUAGAAAUACGAGCAAUUUUUC